GUUUGGGCGCUGCGCCAGGGCCGCGCUGCGCCAGGACGAUGCUGCCGGUGCUGCAGGAGUCGGUGGAGGGCGACGAGCGGGAGCUGGAGAGCAGCGAGGAGGAGCGGCGGCCCGAGCGCUGCAGCACCAGCUACUAUUGCCUGUACCACUACCUGGGCUGCAGGCCCUCGCAACAAGGAGCUGAACGUGCGGAUGGGAGUCCCAGCGGUGCGACGGCAGAAACUCCGGCUGCUGAAGACUUCAGCCUCUCCUUGGUGGAUACUAACUUGCCAACUGAAGCAGAGACAGAGUUGCGCAGUUUUGUUGCCAAGCGCCUUACUAAAGGAGCACUUUUUGAAGGAUUGGGCAAUGUUGCAUCUGUGGAGCUGAGUAUACCUGAAGUCAAAGCUGGUUGUUAUUACUGCCUUCUCCAACAAGAAAAGCUGCUAGAAGCAGCAACAUUGGAAUCAAACAUCAACUCCCCUGAGUAUGUGAUUUGUUUCUUAGGAGGCUCAGAGAAGGGCCUUGAACUUUUCAGACUUGAGUUGGACAAGUAUGUGCAAGACCUGAAGAUUAACCUUGAUGCAGAGCAAAGUAACCUGGAGACAUGUGUAACACCCUACCUGAGAAGCUGGUUUGAGGAUUGUGUGUGCCCCAUACAGAGGGUAGUACAGCUCUUCCAGGAGAAACUUGCCUUUUUGUUACAUACUGCUUUGAGUUACAUGCCUGUUGAAGUUAAGGAUUCAGAUGAAAGAACAAAGAAAGAUAUUAACAGGUUUCUGAGUGCUGCUAGUCUCCAAGGUCUUGUUCAGGAAAGCACGAUGACCUCCUUGUGUAUCGCUAUGACGGAGGAACAGCACAAGUCGGUGGUGAUAGACUUUAGUGGACCACAGCUUCAGUUCUAUAAUGCAGGAAGCAAUAAAUUCUGUGAAGACUGGAUGCAGGCUUUUAUAAAUGGUCCUGAAGGUGGAAAUCCAUUUCUCUUAUGGCAAAUACUAGAGAACUUUAAACUGAAGGCUAUACAAGACAUUAACAACCUGAAGAGGUUUAUCCGCCAGGCAGAAAUGAACCAUUAUGCCUUGUUUAAGUGUUACAUGUUCCUGAAGAACUGUGGCAGUGGAGACGUCCUUCUGAAAAUUGUUAAAGUAGAGCAUGCAGAAAUGCCAGAAGCCAAAAAUGUAGUAACUGUCCUUGAGGAAUUCAUGAGGGAAACAGCAGUAGCCUAAAACAUUUUAGUUUCUAUGUUCAUUUUGGACUAUUUGUAUAUAAAUAAUUAAUUUCUUCCUUUGGAGCUAAGAGUAGCUGGUACAUAAACUUAAAUGAUAUCUGAAAGCUGUCAGUCAUUUCAAACUUACUUCAUAUGUGGGUCUGUUUACAUUUCAUCUUUUAAGAAAAAGCAGUAUGAUAUUUGUUUUAAGUUUUGAAUAUUGUGUACUGUGAAAAGGUAAUCAGUCAUUUUUAACACCUGCCUUAUCUUACUCUGGAGGGGACCAUACACUGCAUGCAUGUGCGUGUAUUUUUUUCAUAUGAAAUGCUAUUUAAGAAAGAAAAGAAAAAGUCAUUUGCACGACCAGCUGUGUUUAGGCCUUUAGAAAAGCUUGAAUGUAGCAGUAGUAAAAAUAAUCAUGGCUUAACACUGGAAUCAGAUUUAGAAAUCAUAUGUGUAAAGAACUACAAACAUUUGGAGGAAUUGUAUAGUAAAUUAAUUGAACUUAUAGGCUUAGGCUCUAGUUUUCAUGUCCUUAAAAAAUAAAGAAGAAAGGCUGUGCUUCUUACUAGUUUAACAAUUUGAUUAUGCUUGUAGAUUUGUCCUAAGACUGAACUAAGUGUUUAAAUACUUGUGGACUUGAAUGGUUGGUUGUAGUGGUGAAUUGGGCCUGAAGAUGUUAUAGGCAUAACUUGAAUCUUUGAGGGCUUUUUCAUAAGUUGAAUAAAGCCAAGUUCCUAGAUCAGUGUUCUGUUUGAAAAUGCGUCAUUGCACUUGACUAGUGAAUUCUUCUACACUUCAUGUAAAUACAUUUUCUAAACCACAGAUAGCAGUCUGAAAAAUAUCUACACCACUUUGAUACAACAUGAGCCAAAACUAAGACCUUUCUAAGCAUUAUAUAGGAAAAGACUAUUUAUGCAUCCUAAUGUACUCCUGUUGAUUUCAGUUUGUCUAGGUAGGGAGUGCAGCCUUCAGAGCAUGAUGUAUUUUAUUGUCCUAACUUGAUGCUCAGGAUAUAGACAGAUGAUCAAAAGGCAAGUCGUGGUGGGGAGGGUGCAGCUGAUGCAUGUUAACUGUCCAGCUGCUCAUUCUUUCCUGUGGCAGUUGAAAUCUCAACUGGGGCACUUACUUGGUACAGUUUGAUCAUUUGUCCAUGCCCUGUUCCAUCAGUUAAGUCUCCAACGCUAACUGUAUGUGUAAUAGUGUUACCAGAAUGUUAAGUGUGAUUGUUGUUUGGUUUGAGAACAGUAUGCAUCACAUUAAAGGUACUUAAUUUCCUUUAAGCAACAUUUUCAGUAAAAUAAAACUGCUGCUGUA